UUACGCAUAUUAAUUUAAUUACUCUUCCAUAAAUAACCCAAAACCGUUGAUUAAUUACAUAAUUAAUUAAAAUAAAAUAAAAUAAAUAGUCCGUAUCGUUCGAUCGUGCUUAAAUGAAAAAGUGAACUCCCCCACCCACAACUCACGUGCUUCACUCGCCGGCAAAACUAAACCUUUAUUGAGCCUUCCCCUUGAAUUCAUAUUCUUCUUCUUCAAAACUCCCCCUCCUCUUUCUCUCUCCUCUUCCAUUACAUUUUCUCUCUCUAAAACCUCUUUUUCUUCCUUCUAUUACAAAAAUGUCGGCUAAGACUGUUAAAGUCAGCAAUGUUUCUCUUAAGGCAUCUGAGCGAGAGCUCAAGGAGUUCUUUUCUUUUUCCGGUGAUAUUGUAUAUUUGGAGAUGAAGAGUGAAAAUGAAGAAUCCCAAACUGCCUAUGUUACCUUCAAUGACUCACAGGGAGCCGAAACUGCUGUUUUGCUUACGGGAGCAACAAUAGCUGAAAAGACAGUGACAAUAACUUUGGAUCCAGAGUACGAGUUGCCUCCCGCUGCUUUAGCACCGCCAGCUGAUGCCCCUGGAGGUGCUCAAGGUGCUCUGCGAAAGGCAGAGGAUGUCGUUACCAGCAUGCUAGCCAAGGGUUUUAUCUUAGGGAAAGAUGCUGUUGGCAAGGCAAAAUCCUUAGAUGAGAAGCAUCAGCUUACUUCAACAGCCUCUAUUAAAAUUGCAUCUCUUGACCAGAAGAUUGGUCUGACGGAGAAGAUUAGCAUGGGUACUUCUGCAGUUAACAACAAAGUGAAGGAGAUGGAUCAGAAAUUCCAGGUUUCUGAGAAAACAAAAUCAGCAUUAGCUGUUGCUGAGGAAAAAGUCAGCACUGCAGGGUCCGCCAUAAUGAAGAACCGCUAUGUGCUUACUGGUACCACCUGGGUAACUGGCGCUUUCAGCAGGGUGACAAAAGCAGCUGGUGAAGUUGGGCAGAAGACGAUAGAGAAAGUUGGAAUGGCGGAAGAUGAGCAGAAGAGGAAAAUGGUGGAUGACUUUGCUCAGGUCCAUCUAUCAGAAUCCGACUCCCCCAAGGCUCCAUCAUCCCCUAAGUCUUCAUCAUCACCCAAGGAUUCUUCCCCGAGUGAGAAACAACCUACAAAGCCUGAGCCAGUGCAAGGUUUGAUCCUUUAAGAUGUGCCUCAUUGUAUAUAUUUUUGACCCAAGAAUUGUUUACCUGUUAUCACGGUUAUUGCCUCUACUUUCGGUAGUAACCAGUGUAAACGAAACUUACUUUAUAAGUGGAUAUUCAACUAUUUCUGGGUCUUUACCAUCCUUUGUUUGCACGCUGAUGGACUAAACAUUUUGAUGGUAUUGGUCAGUCUUUUUGUUUUGGGGAUAGUUAUGUUUUACUUAUAUUUAAGUGUAAAUCGAGCUUUUUCUUUUUUUUUUGAAAGAAAUCAAGCUUUCUUCUUUAUUGACAAGUACUCAACAUUUUUUCUCCAUUAUAAGGGAAUAUAUGAUUGAGAAAGAGAAACUUUUGAAAUGUACUUAGCCUUAUAGGCCAGAAUUCGGAUGAAUACUCUCUUCUGGACAAGGUGUUUUUUAUUUUAUUUUAUUAUAAUUUAUAAAGUGUUUGGUAGGGUUAUCCAAAAUUUGAGUUUAAUCUCAUUUAUAUCUAUAUCAUUCGUACAAACUAUUUGGAAAUUGAAGAAAUAUAGCAUUGCAAUAACAGCAUAAUGGAUCAAAUUAUGAAAUUUACCAAAAAUUUAAGAACCAACGUAGACGCUAGUGUUGAAAAUUUGAAGUGAAUAGUGAAUACACCUCCAAAUUUAGAAAGGUAAAGUCUAUUCCGAACUAUAACUAUUCAAACAAGCUUCCAUUUUAUUACAGGCACUCUUCCUAGUUCCUACCUAUGUAUGCCCUUUUUAAAAAAAAAAUUCCAAUAAAAAGGAUAUUUACUUGCCUAAAAUAAUCUAAGGAAACCAACCUUAAUUAGGAUUAGGAUAAUUAAUUUUAUAAAAACCAAAAAUUAAUAGGCCGCAGAUAAGUUGAAAAGCGGCUCAAGGCAUAUAGUGAAAUCUUUAAAUAACCCACCAAAGUCAUCAAUACAAGUGCCCUUAAGUUUCAAGUUAAUUUAUCUAUUAAAAAAAAAAAAAAAAAAAAAAA